AUGUCUACCGCAAAAGUGCUUACUGUGGGAUCCGCAGUUGGGUCAAUACGAGAGCUGUUUGCGAAGGUUAAGUCCAUCGACGAGAAGCAUGGCAAAUUUGACUUCGUUCUAUGCCUCGGCGACUUCUUCGGCCCACCAAAGGAUGCGGAGGAUACCUACGAAGAGGAUCAUGAGAUUUUGCAGCUUUUGGAUGGACGGUUAGAAGCCCCCGUCGAGUGCUACAUCAUGCAAGGCGAACAUUCCCUGCCAGCACCCAUCAUUGAAAAAUUUGCCAAAACGGGAGGUACUUUGAGCAAGAAUGUAUUCCUCCUACACAAGUCCGGGGUGCUUACCACGCCGCACGGUAUCCGCAUCGGAUGUUUGGCGGGGAUCUAUGAUUCGAACGUGUACGCUGCUGCAGAGUCCGCCCACGGAUUCACGUCCCCCUACUUCACCGCACAAACGGUCGAGAAACUCCUUGCUAACACGAUGACCAGCUCCAAGCCAAAGGAGCAGAACUACACCUCUCUUGCCUCCAUCAAGUCUUCCUCGGCCUCCUCUCAACUCAUAGACAUCUUCAUCAGCAAUGCUUGGCCGGCCGGCAUCACCGAGUUCUCUUCUGCUCCCCUGCCUGCUCCAGAGCUUGCUGCAAUUGGAGUCGAACCUGUCUCGGAGGUAGUCAGGAAGACCAAGCCUCGCUAUCACUUCGCCGCCGGAGGAGGCCGCCCUCCGCGGUUCUGGGAGCGCGAGCCUUACAUCUGGGACGGCCCAGAAGACACAGGUCGAGUCAGCCGGUUUGUGAGCCUCGGUGCGUUCGGCGGCGAGCAGCCAUCUGGGAAGAAGCCUCGUUGGUUCUACGCAUUCUCAAUUGCGCCGCUGUCGGCAACAAGCGAGCCGCAGCCCAAGCCUACCAAUGCGACGCAGAAUCCGUUCUUACACUGCGCACCCAAGCGGCAUCUCGACUUUGAAGCUCAACAGCCGGGGAAGCGGAGCAGGACAGACGGGCCACAAGGGAAGCCGCCCUCGGGCUAUAAAUGCAAGAUUUGUGAGUCGGAGGAGCACUUCAUCACGGACUGCCCGGAACGGGAAAAGCCAAAUGAAGGAUACAUUUGCAGAAUCUGCAACGAACCCGGGCACUUCGUUCGCGACUGUCCCGUGAAGCACGCCGUAGGGGAUACCGGUGGCCGUAAACCACGUGAAGGCUACGCAGGCAAGGGGCACGCAAGACGUGGCCCACCAAAAGAAAUUGCACCGGAAGAAUGCUGGUUCUGUCUAUCGAAUCCCAACUUGUCAAAACAUCUUAUUGUGUCGAUUGGGACGGAGUGCUAUGUGACGCUACCGAAAGGACAGAUCAUCCCGACGCACCAGGGUGCCAAACACCCAAAUGUCCCUCGAGUACCGGGCGGUGGCCACGUCCUCAUCGUCCCUAUCACCCACUACCCCACGUAUCUGUCUAUCCCUCCAGAUCUUGCAGAGCCUAUCAUCAAAGAGACCGAAAAGUACAAGUCCGCACUACGCGCGAUGUAUGCGAAACACGGGGCAGCGGCAGUCUGCUUCGAAGUCGGGCGGCUGAGUGCCAAGGGCGGCCACGCGCACGUUCAGGUCGUCCCGGUUCCAAACAAGCUCAAGAACGCUGUCGAAGACGUGUUCAGGGAGGAGGCCCGCGGGAGCAACAUCACGUUCGAGGACGAUCCGGACGAGGCCUUGCGAGUGGCUGAGGGAGGCCGCUGCGGAUACUUCCGCGUCGACCUGCCAGACGGGCGAAAGCUCGUGCACCUCAUGCGCGAGCGUGGGCCAUUCAGCAUCCAGUUCGGAAGACAGGUGCUCGCUUCGGUACUGGGAAUGGCUGAUCGGUUCGAUUGGAAGGCUUGCACGCAGCCGGAGCAGGAGGACAUGGAAGAUGUGCAGGCAUUCAAAGCUGCCUUUGCCCCGUUCGACCCGUCUCUGGAAUUGUAA